GGUGACAGCCGGUGCCGUGCGUGCGCUCGCGCGCAUCCCUCCUCCCGCCGGGAUGCAUCAGGGCCGCCCGUCCCUCUGCUGCGUCGCCAGCAUCCGCGGCUCGCAGGGCGCACCUGAGCCAGCUGCUGCCGCUGCCGCUCACUUCAGCUUCUGCCGCAGCCUCCUGGAGCACACGGUGUCGGCUGAGAACCUCAGCUACCGCCUGCAGCGCAGCCCCGGCACCAGCCUCACCUGGCACGACGGGCGCAGCCAGCGCGGCGAGGGCAGCCGUGCCAUCAAGCUCCUGCGGCAGCCGGGCACAGAGGGCUCACAGAGCCGUGGCUGCGAUCACUAUGGCAUCUACCACACCAGCCCAACGCUGGGCAGCCUUACCAAGCCAGUGGUGCUGUGGAGCCAGCAGGAUGUGUGCAAAUGGCUGAAGAAGCACUGCCCGCACAACUAUCUCAUCUACGUCGAGGCAUUCUCCCACCACGCCAUCACAGGUCGGGCGCUGCUGCGGCUCAAUGGGGAGAAGCUGCAGCGUAUGGGCAUCGCCCACGAGGCGCAGCGGCAGGAGGUGCUGCAGCAGGUCCUGCAGCUCCAGGUGCGCGAGGAGGUCCGGAACCUGCAGCUGCUCAGCCAAGCAUCUUUUGGAAAUGUCUCCUAGCUGAUCCGUCUGUUUGGCAGAUUGUACCAACACUGUGAACCGAGCAGCUCUGGGAUGGACUGUGCACCGCAGACCCGAGACCUGAGCAGCAUGCUUGGAAUACGAAGAGACAGCUCUCAAGACACUCCGGGGCUUUUCUCUUUCUUCUCUCUCUUUCUUUUUUAUGAAUACAUUUCUGUGCAGAGAUGGGAUGCUUUCUUCAGCAGACACGGUUCCCAGCCGGAGGAAAAUUAGCAAAGCAGCCAUUGGGACAGAUGAACUUUGGCCCAUCUGAGCCUGACGGGAGAGACUGCAAAAAGAAGCAGCGCCGGGCAGGGCUGAGCAGUGUGGGCAACUCCAGCACGGCCAUUGGUGGGACAAACAGGAGCUGCACACGGGAUGCUGAUGCCUUUGCACAUGAGUGGUGCCCGGCACUCAGAGUGGCUGGGAGAGCUGCGGGCUCUGCUGGUGUCGGUGCAUUGGGGCUUCGUUCUCCCUUCGAACUGGGCUGUCUUCCAGUGUCCUAGGAGAUAACGUUAUCAGCAGCAAAUAAGAUGACCCAACCAGGCAAAGAAAUUAAAAGCAGGGCAGUCACCAGCGCCUGGCUCCACUUUGUGAAUUAAAAAGGGAGCUGAGUCAGCAGCAGUGGGAGCCCAGGGGUCAGCACGUUCCAGGGGAUGCUGCACAGGAGUUACUCCACGUCCUUUCUCUGUCCUCAUCCACACGCCUGGUUCCCUGUUCUCUGGUCCCGGGCUCUAUUUAUUCCCUCCCAGUGCUGCCCAGGCUUUGUCUGGGCCCUUUGCAGAGUUCUACCCCUUUGGGGCUUUUGCAAACUCCCAACCCUUCCGGGGGCUGUGACAGCACCAUCCAUACCAGCACCGUCCCCAAAUCCCAGCUGAUGAUUGAGAGGAGGUGACAUUUCUAGUCGCAUCCCCCAGUGCCACUGGUGCCAGGGACACCCCAGAGCUGUGGCAGAGCGGGCACCCAGGUGGCACCGUGCACCACCCCCUGCUCUGCAAAUAAAGUUGGACUGUUGUUUCCA